AAAAAAAGAGAGCGAGCGAGAGAAGGCCGGGCGGGCGGUAGGUCUGGGGCGAUUCGCAAUCCGUCUCCAUCGGGAGCCCGGCGUGGCGUAAUUUAUCUUUUCCCCUCGCUCUGUAGACAGCGUCGGCCCGGAAGAAGGAGCCCGGAAGGAGGCACAUUUCAAGGGGUGCCUAAAGGAACCACCGUACUCAAUGACCUUCCAGCGAGAUGUCAGAUCGUUUGGGGCAAACUGCAAAGGGAAAGGAUGGAAAAACCAAGUACUCAUCACUCAACUUGUUUGAUACUUAUAAAGGAAAGUCCUUAGAAACCCAGAAACCCACAGUCACCGCACGUCAUGGAUUGCAGAGUCUCGGUAAAGUUGCCGCAGCACGGCGCAUGCCACCCCCUGCAAACCUACCAAGUUUAAAAGCAGAAAAUAAAGGCAAUGACCCCAAUAUUUCUUUAGUACCAAAAGACGGAACAGGAUGGGCAAGCAAGCAAGAAUCACAAGACCAAAAGAGUACCGAUGCAUCGACAGCUCAGCAGCCGGAAUCGCAGCUGCCGCCGGCUUCACAGACGUCUGGCUCCAGUCAGCCGAAACGUCCAGCAGCAGCAACAGCAGUGGUAGCAACUCCACAGGAGGCCACCCCUUCAGCACAAAGCGGAACAAAAUCCUGGGCACAGGCGAGUGUUACACAUGGUGCACAAGGAGAUGGUGGAAAGGGAUCAAACCAACAGUCGCCAUUCUCUCGCGAGGAAUUUCCAACCCUGCAAGCGGCUGGAGAUCAGGACAAAGUUGGCAGAGAAAGGGACAUUGCAGAUCAGUCGUAUGGGCCAGGACCAAGCCUCCGCCCUCAAAAUGUGACCAGCUGGAGGGAGGGUGGUGGGCGGAACUUGGGUGCUCCAGGUGGCUCUUUGAUCGAGGGGGAAACCAAAGAGCUAAGCCCAGAAGAAGCAGCAAGCUCUAUAGCAUCCUCAGCCGACCAGAAGGUGACUGUAAGGAUGGCCGAACAACCACCUAGACCAGGGGUCGGUGUACCACAGCAGGCAGUUCCCCAACCAUACCCUCCACCAUAUAGGGGGAUGAUGCCAGCUUUUAUGUAUUCCCCAUAUUGUGGUUUACCGUUUCCUACACCUUACGGACCACAGGGACCAUACAGAUACCCACCACCCGAUGCCAGCAAAUUUCCUCGUGUACCAGGACCUCGACUUCCUCCACAUCCAACACGGAUGUCCGAAGCAGUGAAAAGACCCUCCAUCCUCAAACAGGACGACUUGAAAGAGUUUGAUGAGCUUGAAAAUGAGACUGAUGAUGGAUGGGCUGGAGCACAUGAGGAAAUAGACUACACUGAAAAACUAAAAUUCAGUGAUGAUGAAGAUGACGAUGAUGCCGAAAAGGGGAAAUCUGAAAACUGGGAUGGGCAGACAAGUCGAUCAGAUCGGCAAGAGUCGCGCACCUCUGAGAACAAAAAGGAGCCCCCCUCAGAGGAGCACUUGUCUGUCAAAGCAGGUCGGGGUGAAGGUCUAACCUCUGCCCAGACUGAACUGGGGCCGCCUGGGUCCCAACCGCCCAGAGUUUCUGCAAGCUGGGGCCCUGCUGUGGAUCACCAGGGUCGAAGGACAGGCAUGUGCUCACCUCACGAGCAUCAGAUUGCUCAAGGUUCGUACAGCAUCUACAGGCAGGCCGCUUCCCCCAGCAUGCACCAGACUACAGUUCCCCAGGAAAAAGCUAACCCUUCCCUAGCAAAUCAAAAGACUCCCGUGGGCGAAGACGAAGAUGAGGCCUGGCGUCAGCGGCGCAAGCAGUCAUCAACCGAGAUCUCUGCCGCUGUGGAGCGGGCACGGAAACGGCGUGAGGAAGAGGAGCGCCGCAUGCAGGAGGAGCGUCGAGCUGCCUGCGCAGAGAAGCUAAAGCGGCUCGAUGAGAAGUUUGGCGCCUCUGAGAAACGCCAGAAGUCCGAGCAGGAGAAAGAAGAGGCUUCAGAGGAAAAAGAGAACGAAGAGCCUGUGGGGUCCAAUAAACGGCAGCGAACGGCCAGCAGUGGCAGCUUUGAAAUGCCACAAGCUGAACCCCCACCUCCCCCUGAAAAGGAAACUGUUGAAGUGAAAGAGGAGGCAGGGGUGGUGAGGGUUGAGUCCAAGGUAGAAACAGUGGUGCCGGGAAGACAACCUCAACCCUCCCAAGGCUAUUCCAAGUACCAGAAGUCAUUGCCGCCCAGGUUUCAAAGACAGCAGCAGGAGCAGCUUCUUAAACAGCAGCAGCAGUGGCAGCAGCAGCAACAACAUCAGCAACAACAGCACCAGUCUUCCCAGCAGGUCCCUCCCCAGCAACCACCACAGCCGCAGCCACUUGCUAUGGCCUCGUCAGCACCCAUGCACCCGCAGCAGCAGAAGCCCAUGUACCCAGGUUCCAUCGGCCGCCCACCACCACCUAUGCCCCCAAUGGGUUACGACCCACGUUGGAUGAUGAUGCCUCCGUACAUGGAUCCUCGUAUGCUACAAGGCAGGCCCCCUAUCGACUACUUCCCAGCUGGUGUUCAUCCUUCAGGUUUAAUGGCACGUGAGCGUUCAGAUAGCGGUGGUUCUGGAUCUGAACCCUUUGACCGACACCCUACAAGGGGUACGCCACCUAUUGACCCCAAGUUGGCCUGGGCUGGUGAUGUGUUCCCACCAGCAGAGAUACGGCCUUUGGCUUCGCCGAUACGACCACAUGAUGAAGAUGACAAAAGUUUGAGAAGUGAAACCCCACCAGUCCGACACAGAGACACAGGACCACCCCAGUCCUUCGUGAGUGGUCUUCAGGUUUCGGACGGUGGACCUCGACAUGUUCCCCAGAUGCAGCGGUAUACACUGAUGGACCGCCUGGAUGAACAGAGACAGACCCCCUGGCAGAAUUCCCUGCCCAGUGUUCAGAUGGAGCUGGAACGGGAUAGGCGGGUGGAGGUGUCUUCACAACUUCAGCAUUCACAUCCGCAGCGCAAGGCAGAGCAGGAGUCGAUGUCCAUCCGCAGGGAAACCACGCAACUACAACACGAAGACAAAAAGAUGGAGCCGCUCAUGAUGCACGUGCCUCGGGAAUCUAGCCAACUUUCCAACGUUGUAAAGAAGGCAGCACCCCACAUUCAGGCUGCAGAGGUUCUGCAGCACAAGGAAGACCACUCGGUCAAAGAGAACAAGCAAGAAGAGAACAAAAAAGGUGACAAACCCAACCGUCAGGAUAUGCACCGACCUCAGAGGAAGGAAUCUAAGACAGAAACCCGAUGGGGACCACGACCCGGCAGUAAAAACCGUGAUGAGCCGAGUGAUAAACCUGCUCGGAGAGCUGGACCCAUCAAAAAACCAGUACUGAAGGACAUGAAGCGUGAAGACAGUGAGCAGGAGGUGGAGAAGGGCAAGCCUGCGUCAGGAGAGAAGACUAUUGUUAAGGGGAAGGACAAGUCGCAGGAAUUCAAGCUUGAGGCUGAUUGUUCAAAGCAGGACUCUUCUGCAAGUUUGAAAGUGAGCCAGCCUGUCCCUUCUGUGUCUGUCUCCAAUAAGCCUUCACAAGGCCCUCCUCUUUCAAACGUGCAGGAUGACCGAGGGAAAGCAAAGCCUUCUGGGAAGGAUCAGAGGCCUGAGAAAGCAAAAACGUCCAAACCACCUCAGAAGGACUUUAACAAUGCCCCUCCACCCCCUCGGCGGAAUAGAGAUCGGGAUCAUUCGUUUGACCGUAGUUAUUCGGGGAGAGGCCGAGGCAGAGGACGCGGCGAAUUCUUCUCGCGGGGAAGGGGUUAUCGAGGAGCCUAUGGUGGCCGAGGAAGAGGGGGCAGAGGCCGCAGCAGGGAGUUCAGAGGCUAUAGGGAGCCCAUGUACCGAACAGAGGAGAGUGGCUCCAAGAGCUCAUUCAGGCCGCGGAACCCAAGUGAGACACGCAGCGAAGGCUCGGAGUAUGAGGAGAUUCCCAAGCGCCGCCGUCAGAGGGGCUCCGAGACCGGUAGCGAGACUCACGAAAGUGCCAGUGAUGUGGCUCACUCCGACAAGGAAGUCUCCUCCAGCUCCAAAGAGCCCGCCAAGGAGUUCCGAAACUCCGAUCAAGGCCGUGCAGACAAGAAGAACAGAGCAGAGCCACCAAAGCUUACCGACAAGAUGCCUCCGCGGCUGAGUGAUUCUUCACGUGGCAGGGUCUUCACUCCACGUGGGGUACCAUCUCGGAGAGGUCGAGGAGGUAUGCCUCGCGGGGGCGGCGGUGGUGGUGGCCGCCCUCAGCAAGGGGGCUGGGGACCUUCUUCAAAGGUACCUCCCCCCAAGAAGCAGCCCUUGAAGGAGCAGGUCAAAACACCAGAAAUCAGGCCUCUUGAUGUGCCCCCAGGUAAAGAGUCUGAGAAAAACCCCUCUGAGAAGCCACCGCAGCUCGGUGAGUCAGCGGCACCUGAGGGCCAGCAUCACCGGUCAGAGAGGCCCCCAGAUAAACCACCGAGGCGGCGGCGUCACGGGCGUUCUCAGCAGCAGGACAAGCCUCCGCGGUUCCGCCGCCUGAAGCAGGAGCGGGAGGUGGCUGCCCGAAUGAACGGCGAAAGAAACCUCUUCCCUGAAUCCUUGCCACCAAAUCCACCUCCCAAUCCACAAACUGAGGAGAUCAAGGAGGUGGUGCGCAACGCUGCCGGCACCAAGUCCCCAGACUUGUCCAACCAGAACUCUGACCAGGCCAAUGAGGAAUGGGAGACAGCGUCUGAAAGCAGCGACUUCACUGAGAGGAGGGACAAGGAUGGCAUGUUUGUGAAAAAUGCCCCUGGAGGCAUCAAGUCAGUCGACCCCAAUGCUGCCCAGAAGAAGGAAUCGUCCAAGCGCAGCUUCUCCAGCCAGAGACCUGGGAUGGACCGACAGAAUCGGCGCUCGAACCCAGGAGAUUCAAGUGGCAAAGGCAACCGGAAUAGUGCUGGAUCUGUCAGAAAUGAGAAGCGCAACUGGCCUUCCCCAAAGAAUAGGAGGCCAGUGGAAGAUCGGACAACACUCGCUGCAGCUCUUCCUCAGAACGCGAGUGCAGUGUUCAGAGUAGACAGAAUCAUUCCCAGCGACUCUGCUGCCAUCCAGAAAGCCAUCGCAGAAGUAAACAACCGGCACAAGGAUUGCAAACUGGCGCCUGGCAAAAUAAAGGAGAAGAAUGAUAUGCUGACACAAUUUGAUCUGAACAAUUAUGCAAGUGUUGUGAUUGUUGAUGAUCACCCAGCAGUUUCUGCAGAUGAUGAGACCAUAUCUCCCUUAAAUGAUGGCUUCACCCGCGUCCUUUCAAAACGUCAGAAGAGGAUCCUGGACGAUGAGCGCCGCAAGAAGGAAGAGCAUCUGCUGCAGAAGGCUGUCAAAAUCUGCACAAUGGAUUCUCUGCAUCCCUCAUUAUCUGGCUUCCCCAAAAAGCAGUCUAAGAAGGUGACUCUUUCAAACAUAGAGUCAGAAGAGAGCUGCAAGGGUCAGACGAACACAGCUGAUCUGGGAACCCAGAUUUGGAAUACCACGCAUUCCACAGCCUCCGGUCUGGAAACUUGGAUCAAACCUCUGAAUGUCUUUGCAGAGGCAGCUAGUGCUGAGGCCAGCCAGACUGACAGCGGGGUGGAUUUGAGCAGCGACUGUCAGGUCUCAUCGACCAGUUCCUCGCAGCGUAGUUCUCCAGCCAGCAGCCUGAAAACUGACACUGGGGAGCGUGUUGGUCUUAUUAACCGGAUCAGCACAAAAGUGGUUGAGAUUCGAUCAGCAGAAAACCAACUCCUCGAACCCAAAGAGCAGAGACCGAGACCUGCUAGGACAGGAGCACUGAAAGAAAAUAAGUUUCAGGGGUCUGCCAGCGAACUGAGUAAAGAGCAUAAACCUGGACCAAUAGGAAAUGAACGUUCACUAAAAAAUAAAAAGGCAAGAGAAGGACAGCAGAAAGAGAGUCCUGAGACUGCUGCAAAGGCUGUUGGCUUUUCAAUAAACAGCAGACCAAAAUCCAAACCAGAUCCCGACUUGCUACUGGAGACUGAAGUCACUGUGCCACCUAUCCAGUUUGGAGUGAGUGCAAAGGAUUCUGACUUCAGUCUAGCUGUGCCUACGAUUCAAAGGUCUACAAGUUCACCACCCAACAAACUGCAGAAUGCUGCCAGCAAUGAUGUACCUUUAGCUGCCCCAGUGCCAGUCCCCACCAUUGAGACCCCACCACAGGACAAUGAGAUGUCUCCUGUAUCUCUCCCCAGCAAUGAGUUGACUCUUAAGAUGGAGUCUGCUCGAAAAGCAUGGGAAAAAUCUCCAGGUGUUACAGAAAAAGAUGUUGCUGCAAGUGUGACAAAUGCAGAAGUGCCUGAGAUGGCUGGCGACUACCAUUCCUUUGUUAACUCAAUACCUGUGGCCUCUGUGGCACCAUCUGCCCCACUGUCAGCACCAAGUGGCCAGAUGCCACCUUGCUACAUGGAAAGCCAUUUCUACAGUAGCCAACCUCGUGGGAUGCCUCCCUCUAUCUCCCAGCAUCAGGCAUUCCAGUCUGGACUUUCACGGGCAAUGCCAACCCAACAGAUAACACUUCCCCUUCACACUCCUCUUCAGGGCCAGGCCCAGGUUUCUACCCUUAGCAUCCGGCAAGGGACACCAGUCUCCCAAACACAAGAUAUGUUCAGUUCCCUCCAGUCUUUCAGGUCCCAACAGUUGUAUCUCCAGCCUGGACUCUCGCCUCCCUCUGCAGCCAUGGUGCAAGGUUCAACACUGAUAUCUGGGGCCCCAGUAAAAGGCCAGUAUGUUGGUUUUUCAGCAGUGCAGGCUGCAGAGGUGGCCAAGGCUCAGCAAGGAUUGCCCUACCAGCACGCUGCUUGUACUCCUCCAAUGUCAGUAAUCUACAACACUCAGUUGGGCAACUCGCAGCUCAUUGACUCUCAGAUAAUACAGAUGAGACAAAGCAUGGCCCAGCCAUCGGAUUUCUAUUCUUCACUGCAGCAGCCCAAUCAGAGCAACUACUUUGCUGCCACCCCAAUAUCCAGUGGCCCCCUCCAUCAGAUGUUGGUCCCAAUGUUGGGCUCCCAGUUAUCUGUCCCUGGCUUUGGGUCUGUGCAGCAGCCUCUAGUCCAACUUCCGCAGUCUCUGCAUCAUUCGCAGGCACAAACCGUCCCUCCAGGGCCCCCCCGAAGAGUCGUUCAUUCGGGUUUUCAUACUGCUGCACCCACUCUUGGAAGGGAGGUUAACCCCAUGGAUCCUAAGACAUUUCACUUGGAUAGGAAAAUGAAUCCGUCUCCGGAAGCACUUGGCUAUUCUGUCCCGUCACCUGCAAUGUUCAGGCCUGGAUCAACAAGUCCUAGGGGAAAAUCUCCUGGACCAGCCCAGUGUGGAGUCCAUUCCUUACCGUGUUAUAGAGGGAACGUGUCACAGCAGGCAAAGCAGCGAGCAGAGGUGCUGCAAAGUACACAGCGGUUCUUUGAGCGAGUGACCCCCUGCAGCAACAAUAGUGAUGUUGGCUCGCUUCCUGCUGAGGAGCACCAGGAAGAAGAGAGCACCAUGCCACGCAAGGACGAGAAAUCCUCAAGCAAGCCCAAGCCAGUGCGAACAGGGCCCAUCAAACCCCAGAGCAUUAAGCCACAGGAGGAGAAACUGUAACCAGUGGCCAGAGACUGCAGCCUCUCUAAACUGAAGAAAUCUACAUCUCUUAAGGGGCUUCAUUUGUCUGUCUCAAAAGGAAAAUGGUUUUUUUUUUCUUAAAGACAAAACAUUACUGAUUUCAGUGGACUACACGAGUUGUUUUGCAAAAACGUAAGAGAGCCAACUCCAGCAGCAAUAACUGGAUUGAGUGUGAAGCUGAACUGGCAGGAAGGAAUUGGGGAAGGAAGAGGCUAAUAAGUCCUUUUUUUAAGAAAAGAGAAGUCUAGAUUUCUCUACCAUAAUGAAGCAUUCAUCUUAUUGGUAACUAGUAAGUCCUUGUAGAUCCACUUAAUAAAUGCCAAUCCCUUAUAAGGCAGCUGCUUUCUUUGUUGAGGGACAGAGCAUAUACUGACUAGAAUUGGUUUGAACACAAGGUGUUUAGAGUAAAAGGGCCAUGUGAUAAGUCAAACAUUUCAAAAUGACUACAGGCAGAUCUGAUUGGGCUUCUGUCUUGUUGAUGUUACAAAAAGAACAGUUAUGAAUGUUUUUAAAUAGUGAUAGAUGGGUACAAAUGAUGUCCGUUACUGUUUUUACCCUGUGGCUGUUAAGACACAAGUUUGGUGGUGCUGAGCAACAUAAUACACUCCAGAUCAACAAAAUGUUCUAAAAGUUUUUUUUUCUUUCCCUAUGUAUGCUGCCCUUCCACCCAGAUGCCAAUUUUACAAAGCCCUGAAAGUGGCUUUUUAAAUGAGUUUGUUGAGCUUUCCCUUCCCCUCUUGGUUGCUGUACGUGGACAGUAUUGCCAAACACAGACGUUGUCACAUAGUUGAAUAUUGACUAGUUUUUUCCCUGUAAACCGAGCUGCUGUUGAAGUGCUGCAGUAAUGUGGAUAGACAGGCAGUGAGGUGAAAUUGUGACGCUGUUUUGUUUAAAUUAGUGAUUAUUGCUGCAAUGGAAUGAAGCUGAGGAAAAACUAAUAAACACAUUUGUUCCCCAAUAA